CGGCCCAGGAUCGAAGCAGCUGGACAGAGGCGAGCUGUGGAUAGAGGAGCUACGGGGCCUGCAAGGAUGCUGGCUGUCCCAGAGACGGGCCUGCAGGGGCUGUACAUUGAAGCCCGAGGCCCGAGCCCCACAGCAGGCCCUCUUCUCUGUGGUGGUGGCCAUUGACUUUGGCACCACAUCCAGUGGCUAUGCCUUCAGCUUUGCCAGUGACCCUGAGGCCAUCCACAUGAUGAGGAAAUGGGAGGGCGGAGACCCAGGCGUAGCCCACCAAAAGACCCCAACCUGUCUGCUGCUGACCCCAGACGGCGCCUUUCACAGCUUUGGCUACACAGCUCGCGACUACUACCACGAUCUGGACCCAGAGGAGGCUCGGGACUGGCUCUACUUCGAAAAGUUCAAGAUGAAGAUCCACAGCGCCACUGAUCUCUCCUUGAAGACCCAACUAGAGGCUGUAAAUGGGAAGAAAAUGCCCGCCCUGGAGGUUUUCGCCCAUGCCCUGCGAUUCUUCAAGGAGCACGCCCUUCAGGAGCUAAGGGAGCAGUGCCCAGCAAUGCCAGAGAAGGACACUGUGCGCUGGGUGUUGACGGUGCCCGCCAUCUGGAAGCAGCCAGCCAAACAGUUCAUGCGGGAGGCUGCCUACCUGGCUGGCCUAGUGUCCCGAGAGAAUGCGGAACAGUUACUCAUUGCACUGGAGCCUGAGGCCGCCUCUGUCUACUGCCGAAAGCUGCGCCUGCAUCAGCUUGUGGACCUGAGUGGUCGGGCCCCAGGCGGUGGUGGGCGCCUGGGGGAGCGCCGCUCCAUUGACUCAAGCUUCCGCCAGGCCCGGGAACAACUGCGAAGGUCGCGCCACAGCCGCACGUUCCUGGUGGAGUCGGGUGUCGGAGAGCUGUGGGCAGAGAUGCAAGCAGGGGACCGCUAUAUGGUGGCAGACUGCGGGGGAGGCACUGUGGACUUGACAGUGCAUCAGCUGGAGCAGCCUCAUGGCACCCUCAAGGAGCUCUACAAGGCGUCAGGCGGCCCCUAUGGUGCGGUGGGCGUGGACCUGGCUUUUGAGCAGUUGCUGGGGCGCAUCUUUGGCGAGGACUUCAUCACCACUUUCAAAAGGCAACGGCCAGCAGCCUGGGUGGAUCUAACCAUCGCCUUCGAGGCCCGCAAACGCACUGCGGGUCCGCACCGCGCCGGUGCGCUCAACAUCUCCCUGCCCUUCUCCUUUAUCGACUUCUAUCGCAAGCAGCGAGGCCACAACGUGGAGACGGCCCUGCGCCGGAGCAGCGUGAACUUCGUGAAGUGGUCCUCACAAGGGAUGCUCCGGAUGUCCUGCGAGGCCAUGAACGAGCUCUUCCAGCCCACAGUCAGUGGAAUCAUCCAGCACAUCGAGGCGCUUCUGGCGCAGCCCGAGGUGCAAGGCGUGAAGCUGCUGUUCCUGGUGGGUGGCUUUGCCGAGUCGGCCGUGUUACAGCACGCGGUGCAGGCGGCGCUGGGCGCCCGCGGCCUGCGCGUCGUCGUCCCGCACGACGUGGGACUCACCAUCCUCAAGGGCGCCGUUCUCUUCGGGCAGGCGCCGGGCGUAGUGCGAGUGCGCCGCUCGCCGCUCACCUACGGCGUGGGCGUGCUCAACCGCUUUGUGGCCGGGCGCCACCCGCCCGAGAAGCUGCUGGUUCGCGACGGCCGCCGCUGGUGCACCGACGUUUUCGAGCGCUUCGUGGCCGCGGAGCAGUCGGUGGCCCUGGGCGAGGAGGUGCGGCGCAGCUACUGCCCGGCGCGCCCGGGCCAGCGGCGCGUGCUCAUCAACCUGUACUGCUGCGCCGCCGAGGACGCGCGCUUCAUCACUGACCCGGGAGUGCGCAAGUGCGGCGCGCUCAGCCUCGAGCUGGAGCCCGCCGACUGCGGCCCCGACCCUGCCAGCGCGCUCGCCGGCCGCCGCGAGAUCCGCGCCGCCAUGCAGUUUGGUGACACGGAGAUUAAGGUCACCGCCGUAGAUGUCAGCACCAAUCGCUCCGUGCGAGCCGCCAUCGACUUUCUUUCCAACUGAGGGUGCGCAAGGCCCGGCGUGGCGCACCGUGCUCAGACCCGCCGGACACCCUCUUUUGGUCCCGGAGUCUAAGGAGGGGGCUGGGGCAGCCCAAUCUGCUUCUUCUUGUGGCCACCCCUGCCCCUGCUCCCUGCCCAGGGAGAGAUGAGGCCAUAGGAGGGUGGGUGGGGACACAUCCAGAGACACUGCUUUGGG